AUGUCCUACAGCGUUUUCGGGUUCGCUCUGCGUGAUCGCACCUGGGCCCAACUAGAUCUAGCAUAUCUCACUGAGGUUACUCCCAUAGGCAAUGACUACACAACUAGUGACAAUGCGAACGAAGAUGAAAGCGCGUUUAACCGACUUGUGCUUGACCAAAAAAUCAAGGAUAUGGUUCUUUCUUUGAUUGCACAACACUUCCGAAAUAAGGAGUCUCAACAAAAUGCAGAUGAGCAACUUGAUAUCGUCCGCGGCAAAGGAAAGGGCUUAAUUAUACUCCUUCACGGUGCGCCGGGUGUAGGAAAAACAACAACAGCCGAGGGAGUUGCCGAGAGAUUCAAUAAGCCCCUAUUUCAAAUAACAUGUGGAGACCUAGGAUCUACCGCAAAGGAAGUUGAGGAUGCAUUAUCAAUUAAUUUCUCUUUGGCUAAUCGCUGGGGUUGUAUUCUUCUCCUUGAUGAGGCCGAUGUUUUUUCUUGCAUCGAGAAGAAGAGAGGACUUUACGAGGAAUGGAUACCUACUCACACUUAUUAUGUAUCUCAAGUUUUUCUACGUGUACUAGAAUAUUAUGCCGGAAUCUUGUUCCUAACUACGAACCGAAUUGGCGAUUUUGAUGAAGCAUUUGCUUCUCGAAUUCACAUGAGUCUUUACUAUCCACCACUGGAUGAAAUUGCAACUAACCGAAUCUUCAAACUCAACUUUGACUUGAUUCGGGAUAGGUACAAGAAGAAUGGGCGACUUAUUGACAUUGAUGAUUCUGGAAUCUACAGCUUUGUCACGAAGUUCUGGAUGGAGAAUCAGCAGGCUCGGUGGAAUGGACGACAAAUCCGAAAUGCCUGCCAGACGGCUUUAGCUCUAGCUGAGUUUGAGGCCUUACCAAACGAUAAGAGGUUCGACCUCAAGUUCAAAUCAAAGGCCAAAGUACACCUUAAACGUUCAAAUAUUGAAACGGUCUCAGACGCCUACCUUGAGUUUAUCAAGUAUCUUAAAGCCGUCCAUGGCACCGAUCAAGAAACGCACGCCAAGGAGUUAGGCAUUCGAGCUAUGGAGAAAGUUUUUGACUCUAUGAUGAAUGAGAGGGUUUCAAGAGGAGGUAAUCCAGUCCCUCAAGAAAGAACACAGAACCAGAAUCCUCUUAGGUCCUUCAGAAUUCCAGACAGGUCACCCCCAGCCACACAGACAUACCCAUCUUUCGAGCAGCAUAGGGAAGCUCCCUACAAUUCACCUGGGCCUGCAUAUAGAAAUCCAAGUCCUUCAUCAGGCGCGGGGUAUUCAAGCCACGGAUACCAGCCAGACAACCCCUUUCUUCAAGCACCACAUGCAUCACAUGCAUCUUCUGGAUAUGGAGCCACUCAGCAAUAUCCCAGACAUACACAGUCAGCGUCGACAGAAGGACCAUCCGCCUAUCCACCAGGACCCUCUCAACCGCAAUACUAUCAUCAAGGCCAAGGAUCUGGCAUGACUAACGACCCUCGCUUCGCCCAAUCUGUACCCGGACAGGGAGCCAGACCACAGUACCAGGGAUGGCGUUCGGAAGCAUAUCCAGUCGCCGGCCAAGAGAUAACAGAAACCACAGGCGUAAACCUAACAUCGAUACCGGUAUCAUACAGCACUGAGGACCCCAAUAUUCAACAUAGUGCUUCAAGCAACUCUCAGUAA